AUGGCUCCCAAGAAGAAGGAAGUGCAGAAGCUCUCCUAUGGAGAGUUCAUGUCCAAUGACUCCUUCGGUGGUGGAUCAUGGGCGGAUGAGGUUGAAGAAUCUUACGGCACCCAAGCUCUUCCUCCUAUGGAGCGCCGCGGCGGUGGCGGCGGCAGCAGCUUCUACAACAACAGCGGCCCCCGCUUGGAUGACCGUGGCUUCUCGUACCGCGAUCCCGUUCCUCAGCGCAUCCCGGACAAGCCGCCUUACCUUGCCCACCUCGGCAACCUCGACUACGAGAUUACGGAGCCCGAUAUCCGCGACCUCCUCGACGGCUGCGACGUCACUAGCAUUCGCCUUAUCGAGGACCGUGAGACCCGCCGCCCCAAGGGUUUUGGUUACGCCGAGUUUUCCAAUGUCGAUGGCUUGAAACGCGCUCUCGAGCUCGAUGGAUCGUCUUUCCGUGGCCGGAACAUUAAGGUCAAGAUUGCAGAUCCUCCCAAGGAGCGUGACCAGCGUGGUGGUGAGGGCUCUUCUCGCGACCUGAGCGAGUGGACCCGCAAGGGCCCUCUGCCGGACCUGCCGUCGGCGCGCAACAACGACCGCCGCCCGGCCCCUGACUUUUCCGAGCGCCGCCCCCCACGGGACGCGCCGACCGACGAGAAGCCGCGUGACCUGACUUGGGAGCGCAAGGGCCCUCUAUCUCCUCUGCCCCAGCAGGAGCGCCCUGUCGACCUCGCCCGCGAAGGUGGCCGGUCCGAGUCUUUCCGUGGCCCCCGGAAGCCGUCUCCUGCCACUUGGGGCGAGGGCCGCCCUGAGGGUGGCGCUGGCCCGGCCGGUCCUGCUGAUGGAUCCCGUCCCCACCGCGAGUUCACUGAGCGUCCGGAACGCGUUCCCACUGCUGCGGAGCGUGAUAUGCAGUGGCGCAACAACAUGCGCCCAGAUGCGCCGGUGAAGUCGCCUGCGCCCUCUCGUAGCGGCAGCGAGGCCCCGUCUUCUCCUGCACCUGCUACUGCCGUCCUUGCGUCCCGGCCAAAGCUGAACCUGGCCAAGCGCACUGUUUCCGAGGCCCCAGAUGCCGCUUCGACUCCCGCCGGCGACGCCAAGGCCAGCCCCUUCGGCGCUGCGCGCCCAAUUGACACAGCCGCCCGCGAGCGGGAGGUCGAGGAGAAGCGCCAGAUCGCGAUUAAGGAGAAGAAGGAGGCCGAUGAGAAAGCUAAAGAGGAGGCCAAGAAGGCCAAGGAGGCCGCUGCACAGGAGGCCGCUGCCGCAAAGGCUGCCGCUGAGAAGGCGGAGAAGGAGGCUCCCAAGGAGGAGGCUCCCAAAGAGGAGGCCUCUGCUGCUGCCGCCGCUACUGAAGCGCCCGCUACCGAAGCCGCCGCCGCUGCUGAUGCUUCGGAGGAGAAGACUGAAGAGUCCGCCAAAAGUGACGCAGCUGCUGCCAAGACUGGCAGCCCACAGAACGGCUCGGCCGUGCCGAAUCAGAGAGGGCCCCGCUCAAGAGAGCCCCGCGAGCCUCGCGAGCCCCGCGAGCCCCGCGGUGACCAGCUCCAAAAUGCCAAGUCGCGCGCCAACGACAGCGGCAACUGGAGACAGCCGUCUGGCGAGCAGCGCGGUCCCCGCCCACCGCGUGAACCCCGUGGUGGCGCCGAUGGCCAGCGCCGUGGCAGUGGUGCACCCAGAGGUCCCCGCAACAAUGACGGCCCUCGCCCCCCGCGUGCCGCCAACGGUGGCCAGCAGUCGCAGCCGUCGACGCCCAAGCUCCCCCAGGAGGAGGGUGCCGCCCCGGCCACACCCACAGGCCCGGAUGAGGAGGGCUGGGAGACCGUUCCGAACAAGGGUCGCCGCAGCCAGAAGCCGCGCGCCCAAUGA